AUGGAGCUUUGGACUACUGAAGCUUUGUGCCCUUUAUGGCCUUUUUCAAGCCUGUACAAAUCUAAUGUUAAUCAUUGGCUCUCUCAGCAGCAGAGGAGAGUGGCUCAUCUGGAGAAGCAAAGAGAAAAGAGACAUGAGUUGACAGAUAACAACAGGAAACAGUGUGAAUUAUUCAUUGAACAAUUUGAAAAAAAAUGUAUGGAAGAUGAAUCAAUGCAAUGUGAAUCACCAAAUACCAGUAAUACCCCGAAAAACAAAAGAUCUAAGUUGAAACUUAUGCAUUCUGAAUGGCUUACCGAAAUUCCAGAAGACCUUGAUGAUGACUGGCUAGUUAAAUUUGCACCAGAAGGUUUUCGUAUUUUACUUAUUGCUAGGAAGCAUAUUACAACCUGUUACAAUAAGAAUGGUAAAAUUGUAUUGAAGAUAAAAACACAUUUUCCUGGAGGUGGCUGGUCUGACAACAAUGGAUUAACAGUAUUAGAUUGCAUCUAUAACAACAAAAUUAAAACUAUUUAUGUGUUAGACUGCUUAUUUUGGAAUUCAAUGUCCACCAUAGAUAGUGAAGCAAACUUCAGAUUUUUUUGGUUAAAAUCCAAAUUUGAUGAGCAAAGUGAACUUUUGAAAACUGAAAAGUACACAUUUACAUUGAUUCAUUUCAUGCCUGCUCAGAGGCCUUUGAUACAAGAUAAUAUAUUCACAAGUUUGCAAGCUGAAGAUAAAAUAUUGUAUAAUGGUGUGGUAUUUUACCAUAAAGAUUCUCACUAUACUUUUGGUUACACACCACUAGUUGCUUGGCUAUCAGUAUUUAUGCUACCUGAAAUGUUGAAUAUUGAUAUUCCAGAAGAGUACUCUAUGAAAACACCUGUUGGAUAUGUUUGUCAGCAAAAAUAUCUGGCAGAAUUGGAUGAAAAAAUGAAGAAGCGGGCAGAAUUGCAUGCAAAAAGGAAGAAGCAAUGGAAGAGAUAUGAUGAUAAUGCACAGGAGAACUUAGUUGAAAUGGAAACAACAUCAUGA